CAUAAAACCUUCCUCGUUUUCUCAGAUGGAAUAGUUUUUAUUCUCCGUUAGUUCAUUUCUUCACCAUCUCAUCGAUUGAUUCUUUUUCAUUUGACUCUGUUAUUAUUCUCAUCAUCUCAUUGUAAAGAGGAGAUUUUGGAGAAAGUGAACUAUGUCGACGGUAAGAUCAGAUAUUACCGAUGACGGCAACUCUAGUGUCAACUCUAGCAUCAAUAAUGGAGGAGAAGUAAUCGAUCAAAAAGAGAAGAGAAUCGUACUCAAAACAAGAUAUCAUUAUCGGGAUGAUACUGUGAGAUACUUCAAGAUGAACAGAAACAAGCAGUUUGAAAAACUCAUGAAGUGUUACUGUGCGCUUCAAAGUCUUGAUUUCGACAACACUGUUUUCUUCUCCUAUGGUCGUCGUCUCAGUCCUGAACAAACACCUAAUGAGCUUGAUAUGAAGAAUGGAGAUGAAAUUGAAGCAUUAAUUGAUUAGGUGUUCUAAAAGAUUGGAUUCGUGACAGAUAUUGUUACAAUGAUCUAUGAUGGUUUUUUUGCUUAUACUACUAGUCUUGUAUUGGUGGUUGAAUUUAUAAUUGAUUAUGAGAUUUGUUUCAUUUGAGAUGAGAAGAGAAUAAUAAGAAAGACAAGUUUAUAUUUGUUAUCAUUGA